AUGUUGUCCACACCUCAGCCGUAUCCUACCGUUGCGAACAACGCACCGGCACCCGAUGACGCCCAGAUCGAGUCGCGCAUGCCCACCGUCUGCGUCGACUACCUCAGCCACCAGUGGACCGACGAAGAUGUGUGGAGCAGCUGGAAAGCCAUGACAAAGCAAAAGAACCAGAUCGCCAACGGUGUCAGGCUCGAAAAUGCAAGUUGGCGUACGUGGGCGAAACAGCGUGGCAAUCUCAAAACCAUCAGCCCAGAAACUCUCAACUGGCUCAAGGACAGCGAUGUAACAUGGUUGUAUGGUCCUCUCCACGAGCACGUUGAGUCUGUGCCGCCGCCCAAGCUCGCCACCACCGCCGACCGUCUUGAUCUGGACGACGGUCACCGCGUCCGCUCCAUUCUCAAGCACCGCACUAUCUCCGAUAUGCUAACAACGCCAGGAAACGCCGCUUCUCCCAGCCUCGAGCUCGAGACCAACCCCAUCGACGAACACAUGGAAGCGCAGGACCGCAAGGCGCAAGAAACAGCCCCGCAGCGUCAAGCCCUCUUUGCAGUCAAAUCGGAUUCCAACCUCGUCAGCAGGGCUGCCAAGCGCGUCGGCAGUUCUCCCAACGCCAUGCCUCUGGUGUCGGCGCAGAAGAAAAAGUCUCCCAGCAUUGCACGGGCCGACAGUGCGGGCUCAGAAGAAAAGCGUCACAUCAGCUUCAACCACCGUGUCGAACAGUGCAUCGCCCUGGACACACAGUAUCCAGACUACGACGACUACGACGAGGACGAAUUUGACGAAGAGGACGAGGAUGCCAGCAGCGAGGAAGAGGAGGUGCUCACAAUGAAGUCCAGCCCACGAACUUCGCCCGCCAUCUCUCACGCUUCUGCCUCGUCUUCCUCCAAGCCCUUGGAUUACGCAGCCACCAUUGCUAAGCUGGCACCCACUCGUCUCAAGACGUCCGAGGUGUAUCCCUCGCCCUCGCCCGCUGUAGUGGAUCCCACCGGCUUUCUCGCCACGCGCGCCAACAACGGUAGCACCGUGUCGACCUAUCCGGCGCAGUACGGCUACGCUCGUGCAGGCGUGCCCGCGAGUCACGGCGAUCCCACCGCGCGAGGUGUCCAGUGGGAUCUCGAAGACGACUUCAAUGGCGACUUUGACUAUUUCGACGGUCCUGACCUGGCAGACGGUUCGAGCGACCAUGCCAACUCGAAUGGGCCGGUUUUUAACACAGGCGACGCUGCGAGCAGCCCUGACGCUUCCCGAACCUACGGAAGCUUUUUUGACCACAGCGAGUCAGACAGGACUGACGGAUCCACAUCAUCCACGUCGCCUCAAGAUCUAGCCAAUGCAACGCCGGAGCAGUCGCAGGCCAGUGUUGCCCCAAGAGGUAUCCUCAAGCAUAGGAUUGUUCAUCAGACGCCCGCAGAAGACUAUGAAUCGCGGAGCUUAGAGGCUGAGGGCGAUUACGACGUGCUCGGUACCUCGCAUCAAGAGUCUCUGUCCUCGUCCUCGUUUGGCGACUCUUACGACUCGUCGCGUGGAGAAGACUCGCGCGAGAGAGGUCGCCCUUCGCAGCGCCUGGGCAGCUCGGCGAGUUACGAGCGCAUCCAGGAAGCGGCGCGGCAAGGACGCGUUCGCACCAACAGCGGCAACUCGACCGGACACUCGCCCACCAACUCGACGGCCGCCAAUGGAAGCUUUGAUCGGUAUUCUUCCGCUGCCGCUGCCGCCGCCUCCGCAUCCACCAGCCCCGCUUCUUCAACGUCGCCUGGCACCUCGCGGAGUAAUGCACGGAGUGGCGAUUCCUUUCGGACCGGCGGCGCCGCCUCCGCCACCAAAGACGGUGCGCGAGAUGGAGCUGAUGGCCUUCGAGCUGGAGAUGCAACAGCGCACGGAGGAAAGGCGCGUACGCUCGCGAAUCGGUCCCUGAACGAUUACGACUCAGAUGGACAAGGGUCGUACGGCUUGGCCAGCCCGCAUUUCCCAGCAAGCCCGCACCUAGACGCCAAGGAUGACGGCAGCAGCUCCAACCGGUCUUCGCAGGACCGCGAUGGCGAUCGCUACAUGUAUGGCGAGGAUCGAAGCUAUUGGUCGGACGAGAGGAAAGGAGGCGGUGGCAGCCGGACCUCUGCUGCUCGAGCCAAAUCGACGUCGUCAAACGCUGCCGCCUGUACCGAACUGAGCGUCGACGUCGAGAACAUCCCUAGCAACGCGCCGCCUGCCACCAAGACUACCAGCGUCACGAGCCCCGACGGUCCCGUGGAGGUGGGACCCACUCCGCUCAACACCCCUACCUUCAUCCUUGCGAGGGCCAGUAGGAAUCGUCGCUCGGGUUCUGGCAGUGGGGCCGAUAUCUCGGGUGGUGGACCUUCGAGCCCUACAUUGCCGCGAAGGACGAGUGCGACAGGUGCAUUGGUAGCGCCGCACAAUUCGGAGCCUCGCGUGCCACUAGCCCACGACUACGUCGAGGAAGAUGAGGGAGGCAUCAUCGGGCGUGCGGUGGAGAUUGUCAAUACGGCAAGAGAUCUGAUCGGUGCUUUGCUGGGCACGGGUGAUCGAGGCAGGUCUUGGCGUGAAGGCUAG